AGAAAAGUGAAGCCGGCGAGUUUGUCGACGGUAAACUAAGGGAGUUCAAAUCCGGUUUAGCCGAACCUGAACAUUAAACCGGAUAUACAAGAUUGGGGUUUUCAUCAUCUCUAAAUCGGUUAACAACAUAAGAAUCUGACCAAUCAUAAACCAAACUUAACCUUCUCGCAUUGCUCUAGACGAUUUUCUCAAGCCCUGACAAACCCUAUUUGAAACCAAGAAAACAUCUGAGACCAAUCUCUCGAUCUCUUCUCUUGCAUCUCAUCCUCCCCUAAGGCGGAGGAGAGUCGUCUUUGAUUUGAUUGGAAGGAAAAAAAAACAAAAACAGGUAUGGCUAGUGUCGUCAAUGUCAAUAAGAAGAGAGUUCGAAUUUCGGAAGAAAAUCCAGAAAGUGAAAAGAAGGAUGAUAAUACGUGUUGCGUGUGCGAUGGAAAAGACGAUUGGGUGUUAGUAUGUCACGGAGAGGGAUGUCUCAUAUCAAUUCAUCAAAGCUGUACAUGUGACGAGCCUGACUUUGAUGAGUUCGGUAAUUUCUUUUGUCCCUACUGUUGGUACAAGCGUGUUGUUCUCAAGUCGUUGAAGCUAAGAGAUAAGCUUUCGGUGGGGAUUGACAAGUCUAGAGUAGUUGUUGAUUUGGAUGUUAGUGAGAAUGUAAAUGCUUCACAAGGUCGAAGAAGAGAAUGCGAUGAUGAAUCGUACGAGAAAUUCAUGGCGAUGGAGAUGGAUCAGAGAAGGGAAGAAGUCGCUGCCGAAACUCCUCAGUCUCAGAAUCACGUUUCUGAAGAUGGAGAUGAGGUUGACUUGGCCUUCAAUGAGCAAGAAGAAGAAGAGGAUGAACAAAUAGAGCAUCAUCAUCGUAUCUCUACGGACAAUGUUCAAGAGUUGGCUUUGGUCAUCCACCAGCCAAUAGAAGCACAGCCUUUUCGAACAGUCCCUCCUCCUCCAACGAAUGGAACUGCAGCACUCCAUGUUCCCGAGCAGAGAAAACGUAAAAGAGUGCUUUGGACGCAGGCGGAAGAAGAGAUGCUUAAGGUUGGUGUGCAGAAAUUCCCUGGCGUCAGGAAUAUUCCAUGGCGCAAGAUCUUGGAGUUUGGUCGGGAUGUGUUUCACGAAGAUCGGGCUCCUAGUGACCUCAAGGACAAGUGGAAAAAUAUACUCAAAUGUCUUUUGAGGGCCCCCGACGGGAAAGUGGUAAGCUUCCUAUCGACUGAAAGACAACCAUAUCAUCAGUAGCUUAGCAGAGAGUGCUUUGCGGUUUGUUGGACAACCUUGUUCAUACAUUUUGCACUAAUGGUUGCCAAAAUCAUGAACCAAUGUUACUCUAUUGUAAACCAGACUAGUACUAGUUUUGCUUGUUAAAAUGAUAGCUCCUUCAUAGUUUGCACCCCAAACAAAAACCCUUGUCGUAUCCAGAAACGACUACAUACGUUUACUUGUUAUACAUAUGGUAAAGAGGUUUUGGUC